UGUGGUGUUUUUGUUUGUUUAUCUUGCUUACAGAAUAAAUAUUUUGAUGGUGAUUAUGAUUGUGGUAUUGAAUGAAAAAGUAUUGUCCGAGAAAUAAACAGAAAAAAUGUCGAAUCAAUGUUUUAUGCCAUCGGAUAUAGCUCGAUUAACAUAUGGCUAUCUAUUGGAAACAAAUUGUCAACGAACAGCACAAUGUUUUCUUGAUGAAUCACCAUAUCUACGGGAAUUUGCUCAAGGAAUUAAAAAUGGAUUUCGAUAUUCAACUAAACCAUACAAUAUGUCAUUGACCGAAACCCUUAAUGGAAAAUUUUCCCAAAAUAUCAACCAAAUGCAAUCGACUGUAUCGGCAACGACAACAACUUUUCCGAAUAAUUUUCCGCCAUUACAUUAUCAAACCACGAAUGUUAAGAAUACAAAUCUUCCAUUAGAAUCACAUAACAACAACAACAUUAACCGUGAACAUUUAUCAACACCAAAACACAAAAUUCUUCAAUCGAGAAAUUUGAACGCCUAUUCACCACGUCGCAAAAAUGCAACACCAAAACGAUUAUCAUUGAUGACAAAUCCACAUCAACAACAACAACAACUAUAUCAAUCGGAUUCAUCAUCCACAAUGAAUUGUCUUACAUCUGAUUCCAAUGUUCAGCAAAUGCUAUCGUUGGCCAACACCAAUUCAUCGCCAAUAUCAUCAUUGGCUUGUGAAUCAUCUGAAAUCGAUAUCGAAGUACAACCACGAAUCAUAUUCGAUGAAUUACUAAAAUAUCGUCCAUUGCAUGAUAAAGUUGCCAAUACUAUACAGAAAAUUAUCGAUGUUAAAGAUCAACCAAUGUUGGAUGAUAAUAUUACUAACAUUAUCAAUCAACAACAGCAACAAGAACAACAAAAUAUUAAAAAUUCCCAACAUUGUUUGACAACCGAUCAUGCAAUCGAUUCGAAUAAAAUUGGUGAUAUUGAAAAAGAUCUUCUGCCACCCGAUACAAUGGACGAAUUGUUAAGUUCAUUAGCCGAAGAGCCUGAAUUUCAGAAUUUUGUACAUAUAGUUGUUGAGAAAGAAAUUGCCAACACACCAUUCAAAUGUCAAUCAUCAACGUUUAAUACACCAAGUAAUACUUCCAAUUCAUCAUCAUUGAAUACGCCCAAUGUUUUUAUGACACCAAUCAAUACUAAUCACAACAAUCAGCAAUCUAAUGUCGAUAAAAUACAUCAAAAAAAUUCAUCCAUGGUGCCAGUGAAGAAUCUUAUCAACGAAUUGAAAACACCGGAAAGAUUAUCUUUAACUAAUAAUCGAUUAAAUGUUACUAAUAACAAUAAGUCUAAUUUGAUCACUACCACCACCACCAGCAGCAAUAAUCUUGUUGCAACAGGUAGUAUUUGUUCAUCAUCAUCGACGAAAAUUAAACCAAUUCUUCAAAAUCACAAAUUUAGUCGAGUUAAUAAUAAACAAAGAGAAGUACAAGAAUCGAUCAAAAAUACAACACUCAAUAAUAAUAAAAUUGCAACAGCAACCACGAAUAAACCAACAGCAUUGACAACAACUAUCGAAUUAGUCAGUGAUGAUCAUGGUGGCAAUCAUGAUGCUCCGGUAAAAUCCUCAUUCAUCAAUAAUAAUGAUAAUGGUAAUGGACCAAAUGAACAAAAAUCAACAACAACAACGACAUCCACGUCCAAUAGUCAAAUGGUCUGUCCGCAAAUUAAUAAUAAUAAUGUGGAAAUAGUAUCCAUACAGAAUUGGUCAUCAACACCUACACCGACUACAAAUGUUCUAACCAGACCGGUACUUCUUCAAGAUAAUAACAAUCAAACAAUCACAGCAUGGAGUGAUCAACAAGGUUUAGUUUAUCUAACAUAUCCUACUACUACUAUUGCGGCUGCUGCUACAACGGCAACACAGGAAACAAUCUAUUAUUUGGAUUCAUCCAAUUUGCAACUUUCAUCAACAUCAACAACAAUCAAUGAUUCUAGUUUGAAUGCAACGAAAAUAACAACCGCUGCUAAUGAUUCGAUUAUUACUGAUAAUGACAAAUCAUCAGUCCAAGAAAUUAAUAGUGUUUCCCAACAAUCGAAUCGAUCAACGGUUGGAUCACCACGAACUGUUCCCAGUAUUCUGAGUAGGGGUAAAAGACAGCCAAAAAUUGCAAUUCAAGAUUCAAAAAUCAAUCAAGAUUGUUCCAAUCAGCCAUCAGCGAUUAGUAGUGAUUAUCAUCAUCAAUCACCUUCUAUUAAUAGACGUAAAUCGGAUAUUAAAAAUUCUAGUGGUCAUCAUAAUUCAACGCAACACAACAAUCAACAACAAAAAAAGAGAAAAAUAUCGGGCCAUUUUAACGGCGAUUCUUCCAAUCAUCAUCAUCAUCAAACAACAAUCAAUAAACGUUCACCAGUAAUGGAUACAAAAGUUGAGAAAAUUUUAGGUUCAAACAUUGAGGAAUUUCUUGUAAAUUAUCAUGGAAAAUAAUUCAAACAAACUUUAUACUAAUUUUAAAUAAAAUGUUUUACAAUUUAUUAAGAAUUUCAU